CACUCCUGUAAAACCCCGCCAGGUUGAGCAACCAAACCUCCAAAACCCCUCAAUCUACAUUGCUCAACUUCCUCAUCCUCCAAUCUUCACCAUCAAUGAAUCCUUGUUCUCUGCUAAUAACUCACAAACCCCACUUUUCAGUCCCUUUAAAAUCUUCCCUUUAUAGAAAAACCAUCACCAUUUCCGCAGUGAACCAUGCCUAUUACUUUACUUCCAGUCCCUCUUUCCAUUCUUUCACUACUUUCCUUCAGCGCCAUAAAAAUCCAGUCUUGAAGGUGGAGGUUGCUAGGUGUUCGCAAGAAGAUGCAGUUUUGGACCCUAAAGAUGCUGCAUUGCUGGUUUCUACUUGCAUUACAAGGAAUUUGGCUCCGGCAUUGACGCUAGAGCAAGGUUUGGAUUGUAUUCAAGAGGCAGUUGAGAAGUUGAAGGCCAAUCCUCCGUCUUGUCCAAUUGGAAUGGUUAGAUUUCAGGUUGCAGUGCCUCCAAGUCCAAAAGCUUUAAAAUGGUUUUGCAGUCAACCUCAGUCAGGAGGGGUGUUUCCUCGAUUUUUUCUUUCCAAGGAGGAGAAUCCAUCAUACAUGUCACUUGCUUUGGGUAGGACGUGUGGUGUUUUUGGAAUUGGUGCCGCAGUCUAUUUCAAGGGUCACUAUUCUCAUCCGUCUAGAGAGCAUAGCGAGUUUCAAAGAUCAUAUCCUGCUAUGGAAUUGGAUAUUCCAAUGGCUUAUGGUUUUUUGGAUGUCAGUUUUGAUGUAAUUUCAUCUUCUAUGAAGUAUGAAGCUGGUUCUUUUUACUUUUUCAUUCCCCAGAUUGAGUUGCAUGAAUCAGAGGAGGUUACUGUCUUGGUUGCUAAUCUUGCAUGGAAUGACUCUUCCACUUCUUUUUUUGCGAAAGCUAUUCAGACCUAUGAGAUUGCUCUCUACCAGGCCAGAUGUCAUCUUUGGUCAUUGAUGGAUGAAUGCAGUAAGAAAUGCAUCAAUGCCCUUCAAGUGUAUGGGACCAUGAAGGAUAAAAUUGCUGAGAUGGUGUGCAUGAGUGCUUUCCAGAUAGGAGGAAGUCUUCUGGAUGCUGGCACUCUGGAACUGAUUUAUUGUACUACUUUUGCUUGACUGGAGGAAACAUAAAGCUGCCUGUUUUCAUUCUUACAGAAAGAUGCUCCACGAUGUUCCAGCCAGU